GCGCGCGCUGCUGACAGCCUUAUAAAUAGUCGCCUUUGCGGGGCGGGUGGUUGGCCAGGACGGGCAGGGCACGCACUGGCCCCAGCGCCCACCUGCACCCGACCCCCAGAGCACUGACUCCACACCCCGGACCUUGGCAGGAUGGAAGAGAAGCUGAAAAAGGCCAAGAUCAUCUUUGUGGUGGGAGGGCCUGGCUCAGGGAAGGGCACCCAGUGUGAGAAGAUUGUCCAGAAGUACGGCUACACCCACCUCUCCACCGGGGACCUCCUGCGGGCUGAGGUCAGCUCGGGCUCGGCCAGGGGCAAGAUGUUGUCGGAAAUCAUGGAGAAGGGACAGCUGGUGCCACUGGAAACGGUGUUGGACAUGCUCCGAGAUGCCAUGUUGGCCAAAGUAGAAACUUCCACCGGCUUCCUGAUUGACGGCUACCCUCGGGAGGUGCAGCAGGGGGUAGAGUUUGAGCAGAGGAUUGGACAGCCCACACUGCUGCUGUAUGUGGACGCAGGCCCUGAGACCAUGACCCAGCGGCUGCUGAAGCGUGGACAGACCAGUGGGCGUGUGGACGACAACGAGGAGACCAUCAAGAAACGGCUGGAUACUUACUACAAAGCCACAGAACCUGUCAUCGCCUUUUAUGAGAAACGUGGCAUCGUACGCAAGGUCAAUGCCGAAGGCUCUGUGGACAGUGUCUUCUCCCAGGUCUGCACCCACCUGGACACCCUCAAGUAGCAACGCUGGAGCCCCAUCCCCAGCUCCAAGCCCAGCCCUACCCCUGUCCCGACUCGGGAGUCCUGGCCCGUGCUCAGCAGCUCCACCCUGCCCCGCUGGAGCGCAGACAGAGGAAGCCACUUUAUCCUGUUUUCACGGACAGCUGAGCACUAAAGGAAUUUCCGAGGACGUUCA